CCCGAAUUCAUACGGUAUCUGUUAUUAGCCGGAUACCCGUGUUUUUUUUUUUUUUUUUUUUUUGACAAUGGCCGGAUACCCGUGUUGCCGCUGGCCCAUUCUGCUUACGUGCUUCAUUUGUCUACCCUUUCAUUCCACGACAAAGGAGCUGUGACCGGUGUACACUGUACAGGAAUGGUGGGGAGAGGACGAAUGGUGAUUGCAUAUGGGUUGGGGUUUUUCAUGUGCAUCAAUUGACAAUUAUCAUAAAAAUUAAAAAGUUUGAGAUGACAAAAGCAACAAACAAUGGAACUUGGCUGCUGCUCUCCUCUGGCACAACAAGUCAAUAAACAAAGUCAACGAAAUAUUAUGACCUGAAAAAAAUGAAAUCGACGGAGAGUAGAACGAACUAUGGGGCUGCUAGGUCGAGCGGGAAAGGUCCGACGGCGGCAAGGUAACGGAAACUGGCCCGACUGCGACGGGAUCGACGGAAAAGGUCCUAACAGAGACUGGGUUGCUGGGUCCUGGGCUCGUGGGACGGGGGUCGAGCUUUCGCCGGCGACGGAAAGGAUGAAAAUUCUGUUUCUGCAGGUAGCUAUCGGGCGGCAGCCAGCGUUUGUUGUCGAGAAUCGAUUGUGCGGCGUGCCUCGUCGUACUCGUACGGCAGAUGGGAGAGAGCGAUGAAAAUUGGUAUUGGUAUUAACUAGUAUCUAAAUUCUAGUUAAUCAGGUAAGGUUGGAGUCUGAGAGAGGACGGCGGGUUGCGCAGCGCCUUUGCCGUUUGCCCUUUCAAUUCCGGUAUCGGGAUACCAAAAUACCGUCGGUAUUUUACCGAGUCCUUGUCGGUAUACCGAAGCCAAGCAAGCCGCAUCCGAAUACCGUAGCUUACGGUUAACGGUUUUAUCGAUAACCGCAGUUAUCGGUACGGUUACCGGUUAAACCGUUAGCCGCAAAACCGUUUACCACCCCUAGCUAGGAUAACUCGAUCUAAAUACAAAUUGCUUACUGUU